AAAAUUUCGUUGAGCUCGAGUUUGAUUCGAAGUCGUUUGAAACCCAAGAAACGAAACAUUCUAAAAGCUCGCUGUUUUCUGCUCUCAGUGCUUACAAUCGCGAACAUCUUCUGCUCUCUCUCUCUCUCACUUUCUCCAUAUGUCGUCUGUUUCGCAGCGGGUGCGAGAGUGAGUCUAGACAACAGCGUAAUGGUUGCCCCGUCUCACACACUCUGCGCACAAACCACACGAAGCAUCUCCUUCAUUCCCAUCUCUCGACACACUACUAAUAAGCAGCUCCUAGAAUCCCAACUCAUCUCUCUUCUGCACCACUGCACCAAUCUCAACCACAUCAAACGAGUCCACGCCCAAAUCAUCCGCCACGGCCUCCACCAAUCCAGCUUCCUCCUCGCCAAGCUCAUUCGCACCCUCACCAAACUCAAUGUCCCAAUGGACCCAUACCCUCGCCUCGCUUUCCAACAGGUCAAACAACCCAACCCCUUUCUAUGGACUUCCUUGAUCCGUGGUUACUCCUUUCAACGACCCUUGAACGAGUCUAUACUUCUCUACAAUUCUAUGAGAAGAGUUGGGACAGUUCCUGUCUCGUUUACUUUUACUGCUCUGCUCAAGGCUUGUGCUGCUGCUCUUGAUGCUGAUUUGGGCAGGCAGAUACAUGGUCAGACUAUAAUGAUUGGUGGGUUUGCAUCUGACUUGUAUGUUGGUAAUACUAUGAUUGAUAUGUACGUGAAAUGCGGGUUUUUGGAUUGUGGGCGUAAGGUGUUUGAUGAAAUGCCUGAUAGGGAUGUUAUUUCGUGGACCUCGUUGAUUGUUGGGUAUGCGAGGAGAGGAGAUAUGGAUUCGGCGGGUAGGUUGUUUGAUGAGCUGCCUUUGAAGGAUAUGGUGGCAUGGACGGCAAUGGUCACCGGUUUCGCGCAAAACGCUAGGCCGAGGGAGGCGUUGUGUUUUUUCGACAGGAUGCAGGAUGCGGGGAUUGAAACGGAUGAAGUUACGUUGGUUGGUGUCAUAUCAGCUUGUGCUCAACUGGGUGCGACUAAGUAUGCAAAUUGGGUUAGGCAUGUUGCCGAGAAAUCUGGAUAUGGGCCAACCAAUAAUGUUGUCAUUGGAUCUGCAUUGGUAGAUAUGUACUCCAAGUGUGGGAGUGUGGAUGAAGCGUUUAAGGUGUUUGAUAAUAUGAGAGAAAGGAACGUGUUCUCUUAUAGUUCAAUGAUUGUUGGGUUCGCAAUGCAUGGGCGUGCGAAUGCUGCAGUUCAGUUGUUUCAUGAGAUGGUGAAGACGGAUAUAAGACCCAAUGGGGUUACUUUUAUUGGGGUGCUCACAGCUUGUAGCCAUGCAGGUAUGGUUGAGCAUGGUAGGCAUUGGUUUGCUACGAUGGAGAAAUCUUAUGGUGUUACACCAACUGCAGAUCACUAUGCUUGCAUGGUUGAUCUCCUUGGGCGAGGUGGGUGCUUGGAAGAAGCCCUUGAGCUUGUCAGAACUAUGCCAAUGGAUCCCCAUGGGGGUGUGUGGGGAGCACUUCUUGGAGCUUGUCGCAUCCAUGCAAAUCCUGACAUUGCAGAGAUUGCUGCUGUCCAUCUAUUUGAGCUUGAGCCUAAUGCCAUUGGAAACUACAUCUUGCUUUCCAACAUAUAUGCUUCAGCAAGAAGGUGGGACGAUGUUGCAAGGGUAAGGAAAUUGAUGAGAGAAAAGGGCUUGAAGAAGGAUCCUGGGAGUAGUUGGGUUGAAGGAAAGAAAGGAGAAAUACAUGAGUUCUUUGCAGGUGAUGUGACCCAUGUGAAAUCUAGAGAGAUUAGGCAGGCGUUGGAGGACCUUGUGAAUAAAUUACAAUUACAUGGGUACAAGCCAAAUCUGAGUUGCGUUCCUUAUGAUGUGAGUGAUGAAGACAAGAAGCGCAUACUAAUGACUCAUAGUGAGAAGCUAGCUUUGGCAUUUGGGCUGCUCUCCACAAGUGCCGGUUGCACCAUUAGAAUUGUGAAGAAUCUCCGAAUUUGCGAGGAUUGCCACUCGGUUAUGUGUGGUGCAUCUCAGAUUGCCGGCAGGGAGAUUGUAAUUAGAGAUAACAUGAGGUUUCACCAUUUCAGUGAUGGGAAGUGCUCUUGUGGUAAUUUUUGGUGAUUGAAGCUGGGAUCUCAUUGUUGUCGAUGUUUAUUUCUGAGUUACAAAUACACAAGUUAUAACAGCCGUGUACAAUAGCUGGUGUAAGUUCUUACUGCGAAUAUAUGAAAUGACAAAUCACAUUGCCAUAUUACCUCUAAGGUACUUUCUAUUGGAUGCAACUUUGAUGCAUCAGCGGCAGUAUCAAUCAGGGAUGUGACGGGUCAAUCCUACUUCGAACUGAUUGAUCAAAUCAAGGAGGUUUGGAAAAUGAUUAUCCUGGACUCCUGGUGUUGUUUCUUGUGCUGACAUUCUCACUUUUGCUGAUAGAGGGAGCGUUCUUCUGUCUGGUAAGUUUGAACACUAUGAAGUUCGUGGAGGAAGGAAAGAUGGAAGAACUUCUCAAGAAUCAGAUGCUCUCCUGAAUCUCCCUCCCCCUUCUGCCAAUGUCCUAUCACUUGCCAGAAAGGGCCCAUCGCUUGAGGACUUGGUCACUCUCACAGGUGAAGCAAAAGUUCAACGCCCCAAUCAAGAGUCUCCAAUUCUGUCAAUAUUGCUGCAGUUUUCGGGAUUAUAGUUUCCAGAUUGUGAGCAAGCAUUCCGUUUUAGAAUGAGUUAACUACAGGCUCCAAGGUUCUCUAAAUUGCCGAUCCCACUUACCAGCAAAAAUUAGAGAGCGUUCCUAUUUUUGUAAGGUCUAGUUUUGGAAUCUCAAUAGUUAGUUUUUUAGCUGAACAACAAAGUCUCUUGACUGAAGAUAAAAGGAAAAAACAAAGUCUCUUACAGAAUUAUUAGAAAAAAGGUCUCUAGACUUUGAUCUGGAUUUGAUUCCAAGGGCAAAGCAUGAGGAAAGAAAACCAUGUUCUUUGUGUUUGGAGGUAUAUGUGACAAUAUGUUUCCCUUUUGUAUACCAUCUCUUCUUAGUUCCUUCAUUCCUUACCUGUUUCCUUUUGUUGUUUCGAGUUUUAGCUUCUAUUAUCUUGUGUAAGAGAUACAACUUUUGUGUUUUUAUUGCAAUUACUGGAAGUUAAAGCCGCAAAGAUGCCAAUAAGUUCCUAUAAAAAAAGAUGCCAAGAAGUUACUAGCUGGGAGAUGAUGAUGUUGCCAAUGUUGUCAUAAUUGGAUUGGGGUUGCUUACAACUCUUUUUAGCCUUCCUGGUAUGAAACCAUUUCUGAAACCUUUGUAGUGGUUAAUUCAACUUGGACGCAAUCUGAUAGGAGUGAAACAAAAAUGAAGCCAGUCUUUCUCGGAUCAAGUGUUUCUGUAUGCAACACGACGGAGAGUUGUGCAUUUCUAACAUUGUUUACCCCGCUGGACACCUAAACAGAGAUUAUAUGUUUUAGAUCUUACAACACAGAACUUUGUAGGCUGCUUCUGUUUGUACUAGUAUCUGUUAUCUUCUAUUAUCUUCCUCUCCAGAAAUUUGUUGUACUGUCUCUUUUACACAACAGCAGCUAUCUUCUUUUUAGCCUGCCGCAUUGAAACUC